GCCCAAUCAAAAUAUCCAAUAGCCCAUUAGCCCUACCCUUCUCCGCUUCUCGGCUUCUCCACUCUCCGGUCUCUCCGUCUCGGACUCUCGGCUUCUCCACUCUUCCGCCGGAUUCCGCCCUCGUUUAUCGUCUCCACAGUUUCACUGCUUUCUCCCUCGUCUCUCACCGCCUCACGCCCGCCGCGCUCGGCGAAACUCCGCUCAUUCUCCCUCACGCCCUCUGCCCAGUCAGCGACUCAGCGGCUGCAACUCGCCAACUCCUCCGUCUCAUCUUCUAGUCGUCCUCAAGGAGUCAAGAACGCCGCGACUACCACCAGCCACCGUCGCGGCAGUCACCGUUCAUCGCUGAGAACCCUCGCCAAUUACCCUAUAUCUCUCCCAUAUUCUUCAAGAGCUUGUUGAAUGGCUUGCAUUUCGUCUAGUACUGCAGCAGCUUCUUCUUAUUCAGCUUUGAGUUUCCUCGGCCGGCAGCAAAACUACGCUGCCAAGCUGUACGCCAACCACCCGCGUUUGUCCUUCGCCGGACGCGUCAACUUGGAUUGCUUCAAUCUUCGGCUUAAUUCUACUUCUCGGCGUGCUUUCACUUCUUACCGCUCACUUAAUCCGGUCCUCAAUGCUCUUUCUUCCUUCGACGGCGCUUCUCAAGAAAGAGUGGUUGUGCUGGUCAUUGGUGGAGGAGGGAGGGAGCAUGCCCUUUGCUAUGCUUUACAACGAUCACCUUCAUGUGAUGCUGUCUUUUGUGCACCUGGAAAUGCCGGGAUUUCUAGUUCAGGAGAUGCUACCUGUAUAUCGGACCUCGAUAUCUCCAAUAGUUCAGAUGUGAUCUCAUUUUGCCACAAAUGGGGAGUUGGGUUGGUUGUGAUUGGACCUGAGGCUCCUCUUGUUGCGGGUCUUAGUAAUGAUCUUGGUAAGGCAGGAAUUCUAGCAUUUGGUCCUUCCUCCGAAGCUGCUGCCUUGGAAGGGUCUAAAAGCUUCAUGAAGAGUUUGUGUGACAAGUAUGGGAUCCCAACAGCAAAGUAUCAAACAUUUGCAGAAGCGUCAGAAGCAAAAGAGUAUAUCAAACAGCAAGGGGCGCCCAUUGUUAUUAAAGCAGAUGGAUUGGCUGCUGGUAAAGGAGUAACUGUUGCCAUGACACUUGAGGAGGCAUAUGAUGCUGUGGACUCGAUGCUUGUAGGUGGUGUUUUUGGCUCUGCUGGUUCUCAAGUUGUUAUUGAGGAGUACUUGGAAGGUGAAGAAGCAUCAUUCUUUGCCUUGGUAGAUGGGGAGCACGCCAUACCUUUGGAAUCCGCUCAAGAUCACAAACGAGUUGGAGAUGGUGAUACAGGACCUAAUACUGGUGGUAUGGGAGCUUAUUCUCCGGCCCCUGUCUUGACUAAAGAUCUCCAAACUGAGGUUAUGGAGUCUAUCAUUCUUCCUACAGUAAAGGGAAUGGAUGCUGAAGGGUGCAAGUUUGUUGGGGUACUUUACGCUGGGUUAAUGAUUGAGAAGAAAACUGGACGACCAAAGUUAAUAGAGUACAAUGUGCGUUUUGGAGAUCCUGAGUGCCAGGUAUUGAUGGUCCGUUUAGAGUCUGAUUUGGUCCAAGUCCUGCUUGCAGCUUGUCGUGGAGAACUAAAUGGGGUAUCUUUAGACUGGUCUGCUGGGUCAGCCAUGGUGGUAGUCAUGGCCAGUGAGGGCUAUCCUGGAAAAUACAAAAAGGGAACUGUGAUUCAGAAACUCAAUGAAGCUGAGCAAGUUGCUCCAUCCGUUAAAGUAUUCCAUGCUGGAACUGCUCUAGAUGCAGACGGAAAUUUCAUUGCGACUGGGGGACGCGUUCUUGGGGUCACCGCGAAAGGAAAAGAUCUUCAAGAGGCACGAGACAGAGCAUACCAAGCUGUCGAGCAAAUUCAUUGGCCGGGAGGAUUUUUCAGGCGGGAUAUUGGUUGGAGAGCACUGCCUCAGAAACAAUACUCCCGCUAAACAUCAGAGCAUUAUAACAACAUGACAACUCUGGCGUAUGUUGGGGAUUCACCGGGAUGCCUUAGGAGUUGGCAUCAUUGAUGGCUUUUGAGUUCAAGCAUCGUUCUCUUGACAAAUCAGGCAUUGAAGACCGUCUUCGAGAUGAGAUCCUGCAGACUAGAAGAAAAGCUACUCUUAUCAAAACUGAUAGAACUUGAAUGGUUUCCUUCUACUCUCAUAAAAAUUGAUCAAAACUUGAAUGGUUUCCUCCUUUUUUUCUCCUUCAAUUAGAUGUUCCUAGUGGAAUGUGUUGCACCUA